AAACACUUAGCGGCGCAUCAGCGCAACGUCCACGGCCGACUGCGGCAAGUCUAAAUAAUUGACCCCACCGUGCGCCGGACCGUGCAAACAAUUUACAUCGGGCACACGUAAAUAACGACCACCGCUUCCUCGUCAUUGUGAUUACGACAAGAACGCGUGGCCGCCCCGCGAAUCCUUGGUCAAUACGCGCGAGUAGCAUACAAUCGGCUAACACUUUGAAUUUCGGGUAACAGUGAUACGAUUCGUAAGAUUCUAAAAGUACCCUGAUCUUUUUGUGGAUAUUUCCCUUGGACCUGGUGUGGACUUACUAGAUUUAAAAAAGACUCAUUGGACUCGGUGUAGACUAACUGGACUUGUAAAUUUACUGGACUCGGUGUGGAUUCAUUGGACACCGCGUAGAAUUGCUAGACUCUGUGUAGAUUCAUUAGACCCUUCUUCCUUGUAAGAAGUCUGUUGACUAAUAACGUUGACUCCACUUUUCCCUGUGAAGUGCAUAUAGUUAUAGUCCUAAAGGAUCCAAGGUCCUAGAAUGUCUGUAAGAGCGUGACGAACAACAGGCUCCAUGGACCAGAGAGUGAUCGUUCCGUCGACACCUCGCGGCGCCGCUGAGACCACCGCGAGGAUCAUCAUGAAGAACGAAUCGGACACUGCCUUACACUUGCAGGACCAGUCCUCCAUCACCCACCCGAAUUCAUCCGCGGUUGUCCCUAGGACCAGUCUAUCGAUCACCAGCAGCUUGAAUCAGGAGCAGAGUCUGGACUCGCUGAUCUGCAACCCGUCCAGCACGGAGCUGCCCAGGAAACCGGGCGCGCGUCGCCAGGAGAAACCGCCAUAUUCGUACAUCGCGCUAAUCGUGAUGGCGAUCCAGUCAAGUCCUGGAAAGAGGCUAACGUUGUCGGAGAUAUAUUCGUUUCUGCAACAACGAUUUCCAUUCUUCCGGGGCACAUAUCAAGGAUGGAAGAACUCCGUCCGUCAUAAUCUCAGUCUGAACGAGUGUUUCAUUAAGCUGCCGAAAGGAUUAGGCAGACCAGGCAAAGGACACUACUGGACGAUAGAUCCUUCGACGGAGUACAUGUUCGAGGAAGGAGGUUUCCGGAGACGACCUCGGGGCUUCCGUCGCAAAUGCCAGGCUCUAAAGCCUCAGUACCCUCAGUACUUCUCCGGAAGUGGACCAGUAGGUGUCCAGGCACCUGGAUACGAGAACCUGGCACCUGGAGGUAUGGAGUACGCAAAUGGAUACCAGAACCAGUAUCAGAAUUAUCAGGAGUACGCGAUGUACGCUCCUGGCGCCGCGGUUUCCGCUGACUGGGCUUACCCGGAGGCGAGCUACAAGACACCCCCUAUCGCGGAAGUGACUUACAAGACGACGGAAGUCACUUACAAAACCGGGGAGCCGUCGGUUUACAGGAACGGGGAGCUCGUCGCUUUCAAGAGCGAGCCCGGUUAUCCCAGGAGCCAGGAUCAACUGACCUACAGAGCUGCUGAGGGAUUCUCGGUGAAGGAUCACCAGCAACAUCAUUCAGAGACGGCAUACAAGGACAACGAGGCCAUGAUGGCUUACAAGUGCCAGUCGAAUCCUGCGGCCACUUCGCAAACAACUGGCCAGGACUAUUACGCGGGUUACGGGCUUGGGGUCAACAAUGUCGCCGGUAACGUGAACGCUGCUAUUCAAGGGAUGCCGGAAACCGGGAACAGCAGCCCCGUAGGGAACGUUAGCUCGACGCAUAGCGGUUGUCAGACACCUGUAACGGAUAACGGGAUAAAGAUGCAAUGUUCCAACUCGAACUCGACCAGCUCCGGGGGUGGACUGAUCGACCGGAAACCGUCGUCCUACUUCGGCCACCCCGCAGGAUCGGUGACUUUGAGCUCGUUGAGCUCCCUAGGCUCGCUGAACCUGAGCAACUUCGGCGGCCUGAGCAUAUCGAACAUACCUGGCUCGAACAUCCAUCACGGAACGACGACGCCGUCGUCGGCUAUGUACUACGAUCAGAUCAAGUACAGCAUGUGAACGCGCGUGUCGAGGGUUGUGAAUCCGGAAGGACAGAACGUACUAUGGUGAAAGCUAGUGUGUCGGACUUUCGGGGACAGUGAGACGAAACGGAGUCUGACCAGAAACUGAAGCAACUGCGGGCACACCAGUGUUCCUUCUUUCUGCGAGGAAAGCAGAGUCCGUUGAAAAAAGAAAUAUCGGUUAGUGCAAUGCGAAUGGAGAAGCUUUGUUCUAGGAAUAUUCUAUGAAUCUCCUCUAGCCUGCGGAUCUGUAUGCAGUUUCUUUGAUUUCCUAGAGUAUUUUAUAAGUCGAUUGAACAAAUUAUUACCGUAUGAAUAAAGGGAAAAUGUUUUCACCCUUUUGCCAAUGCAAACAUUUUUUUCUGAGUGUUGUUCUUUUUUAACGUAGAAAUUCGCAGUCUAGUUGUUACAGAUAUUCCUAUUGCGAUGGUAUCGAAAUGACCUAAUAAUUAACACGAAAAUCGCGUCAACUAUAUUAAUUAAUAUUCUCUUAAUCUCUUGAGGGGCAUUUAUAAUGGGGAAGAUAUAAUACGAAUUUCCUCGCGGAGAGAAUGCUGCUGUUUGGCUAGCUACAUCCUGAAUCGAUCUCUAUUAUACGAAAGAAAGCGUGUAUAAUGUAUAAGUUGUAAAAAAACGAGAAGGGAAUAGACGAAACGUUUUAUUUAUAUUUAUAGUGAACUAUGAAUGUUGUUAAUUUAAG